GGAUGUGUCACACACAACAUGACGUCGCUCCUGCGGAAUCGGUCGACCAAGGAGCAAUCAGCGACAUCGACUGCGUCGGCGAAUGCGCCCAAGAUUGUGCUCAGCGGGUGGAUGCGGAAGCAGAAAGCCCACUUGAAGACAUGGAAUCGGCGAUUUUUCGCCCUCUCUGGAAGCACGUUGUCAUAUUAUGAUAGCGAGGACAUCUCGGGGGCGCCCCGUGGGAUCCUCGAAGUGGCGUCGGUGCAUCCGCUGCCUUCCGAACCAAAUGGACUUCUGUUACACUGCAAAGCCAACAACAGCACAAGACGGCGAGAUGAAAAGCUCAUUUGCGACACCAACGUUGCGUACAACGCAUGGUUUGCGCUUCUGACGCGCGCCACGACAGCGGAAACGCUAGAACCACUCAGCCAGCAGCCAUCGUCGGCUUCCAUGAUGCCUGCUUCUUCAUCGCCGGCUAUGGACUCGUCGUCAAACGUGUCUAGCAACAAUUCGGACGCGUCGAUCCAUCCAAGCUCCCCCGUCGCGUAUCGUCCAAACCCCAUCAAGAUGGGUUACGUCCAUGUGCACUACGCCGCGUCGUCGUCUGGUUCGGCGCACAACCUGACCAGCAACCAAGAACAUGGCGAUGGCGUCCCCGCUGCAGACGCGGAUGCGUGGAACCGAUAUUUUAUAAAAGUCGAAGGCGAUCUGCUCAACUGUUACGCGGACGAGUCCCAGCAGCAUCUCUACGUCAGUGGCAUGGUGCGCAAUGUGACGCUGUACGAAGGGCGAAAGUACGCUUUGGCCGUUGGCCUCAACAAAGGCCGCAAAGUCGUCUUGUGUUGCGACAGCAUGGAGGAAAAGACGAAUUGGCUGCUUACGUUAGAGGGCGCGUUGAAAAUCGCGUAUAGCGUGAUCCAGCUCCAGCGCCGUGGAAGUGCCGGCUUGAAGCGUGCAUCAAGGUACGCUCCCGUCAAACUCGACUUGCUGUUCACGUCACGCGUGUAGUCACAUUUACGACCUGGACUUGUCACCAGAGGAUCAAGUAACGCCGGCGGUAUUGACCGGUCUAGAGGAAGAGAACAAACUGCGCGGUGUACAGGAACACACUGACGAAGGAGACGAAGGCGACGACCAUGUGGCCGCCUCGGCCGUGACGGAAGAUGGGUCUGAAGCGAGCGGUGUGUGGAUUUGACGCGUCGGUCUCACAGAAAUAAUGUAGACGUAAUUGAUUUUUGUGGAUUGGCGAAUGAAAUUGAAGGAGUAAACUCAUUUCUACCAAUG